CAGAUAUAGUACAACCAGCGUGCCGUGUGGAGCAGGCCAGUCUGUAGCAACACGGCGCGGCGUGGCUCAAGGGCGCGUUACUCAUUACGAGCACGCUUUACUCUUUCUUAACGCCGAGGAGCGCGAGCUCAAUCGCGACGGACUCCUCGGAUACACUCGUGCUUUUCUGGGAAACAAACAGGUGCAACCUCGAAAUGAACCUUCCUUGUGUAAGAAAAGCAAAAACUUGCCACUUCUUUCUUGUUUUGAGAGAGAUGACGGCAUGACUUCGCCAUAAUCUAAGGAAUAACCAUUGAAGCAGGAAUCUACAAUUCACAAAAACUGGACUAGCUCACACAUCUGGAUAAGAGGGUAGAUCCAGGGAAUGGUGGAUCACUUUCUCUCGAUUGAAGAGAACUUUCUGUCUUACGGCAGCAUUGACCCUGCCUCACCUGUCGUGCACCAUUUGUCGGACAUGGUGUCAGACUUGGGGAGCUAUCAGGUGAUGCCUUCACCAUUCUCCGAGGACGACCUCAGCGACGCAUCAAGUCUGCGUUCCUGCUCCUCACCAGAUUCCCAAGUCCUUGGCUCCAGCUAUGGCAGCACAUCCAGUGCUGAGAGCCAGGAUAGCAUUCUCAACUUCCUGCUGGCCCAGGCUUCAUUGGGAAAUGGUGGCAAUGCGGGAGCGAGCACUGUAACCCCGACUACUUUGGCGAGCAUUCUCUGGGACUCACGUAAGGAUGAUGUGAAGGAAGAGAACUUUGACUUUCCAAUUUGGUCCUCGUCAAACAUGGAGGCAUCUGUUGAGCCUUUCCAACCAACUCUGGAGGAAAUUGAGGAGUUCCUUGAAGAGAACAUGAAUGGAGUGGUGUCCCUCAAACAUGAACCCAGAGAAGGGGGCUUCCCCUUAGGGUUGGAGCUGGAGCUUGACCUGGGGAUGGCAAUGGGAGUGGAAGCCAUGGAAGAAGCCUCACCCAGGGUGUCAGAGACAAGCACCGCUGGGUCUCAGCAUAAUUCUGACCAAACUGUGCCAGUGGCUGAGCAUCCACUCAGCUCUGGGUUUGCCAGUGAGACCAAAAGCAUGCCAAAUACCGCAGGUACUCCAGAAAUAGGCACUCAGGCACAGGAUAUGAUAAAGAAGGAGGCCCAAAGUACACCUCUGUCCACAGAGAAUGGCAUUAACACCAGUGUAAGCAGUGGUAAUAGUGGCAGUACUGGGAUGCCUGUAAUUCUCCAAAUCCAACCAAUUCAGAUCAAACAGGAGAAUCAAGGACCUACUGGGUCUGCCACUCUUUCCCCAACAACUCAGACAUCUCCAGCUGCAGACAUCAAAAUUGCUCAGUUGCUGCUGAACAUCCAGGGGCAGACAUUCGCACUGGUUCCUCAGUUUCUUCCCACUGCCGCCUCCUCAGCUUCAGCAGCCACUGGUCUUAAUUGUGCAACUAAAUUUGUGCGGAUAGCCCCUGUGCCCAUUGCGGCAAAGCCUGCUGGGAGUGCAGAGAAUGGUGUGGCCUUGGGUGGGAUCCAAGAUGGACUUCUAGUUGGAGGAACUCAGAAGUUCCAGAAGAAUCCAGUGGCGGAUCUUAUCAAAAUGCACAAGUGCAACUUCCCAGGCUGUGCCAAGAUGUACACCAAGAGCAGCCAUCUGAAAGCUCACCUGAGGAGACAUACUGGAGAGAAGCCAUUUGUCUGUAACUGGCCUGGCUGUAGAUGGAAGUUUUCCCGCUCAGAUGAGCUGUCCCGUCACCGGCGGUCCCAUUCUGGUGUCAAGCCUUACCAGUGUCCUGUGUGUGAGAAAAAGUUCGCCCGCAGUGACCACCUGUCAAAGCACAUCAAAGUCCAUCGCUUUCCCCGAAGCAGCCGGACAGUCCGUCCCACUGCCUGAUGAGCCGGUCCUAAUUAAGACUCACCUAUGGACAAAAUGGAAGACUGGAAGACACAACUCUGUGUGUGUGCGUUAUGUUUUUGUGAAAGUGUACACACAACUCAACAUACAUGUGUAGAUGUAAGGUGACUGAUGGAAGGAGAGGAUGCGUCAGGCCUGAGCAUGUAUUUUACUGCCUUCCACAGAACACAGUGCACGCAUACAUAGUGCUUUCUCAUUUUUCCUAAUAUUUAUAGUGUUUUAAGUUAAGCCUUGGUGGCACAACAUUGGCAACAUGUUGUCACCUUUGGUGCUACACUUUGUUUGGAUUACUAAGAAGAUGGGACUGGAAUUGAGACAGAAACUGCUACUAGGGAUCAGUCUAUCCGAAUAAGCUAUGGGGACACUUUUGUAAACGACUCUAACUUUAUGUAAGUUUUAUGUAAAAACUGCGGAACGACAAUAGAAAUGCAAAAAACUGUAAACGCAACAAAACUAAAAUGUGCACAGUGUUGAUUGUACAUGUUUAUAUGUAUGCCUUCAAUCGGUGUUGACAUUUUUUUUUUAUCUCAUAUUGCUUUUAAUGCGAGGUGUUUUGUAAAAGGGUGUUUAUAUUUUUGUUAGUUUUGGCUUUUAAUGGCUCUGCUGUGUUUUAAGCCUCCUCUUUGGCCUUAGUCGACCACAAAGGCCUUAUCUCAGGUGUGGUCUGGGUCCUGGGGGGGAGACUUGGGGGAUGACCUGUAAAGCUAGUACCACCUAAUUUACGUCAUCAUGAUUUAAGGUGGAUAUACACUGAAAAAAGUGGUGCACUGAAUUUGCUUAAUUCAAACGAGUAUAUGAUGUGUAUAUCAUUAUUCAUGAAUAAAAUAUAUUCCAUCAAAUAUUGCCAAAAGUAAGUCAACUGAACAACAAAACAGUGUUGAUAUAUUUUAUUCAUGUGAAACAAUGUCCACAUUUGAAUCAUGUAAAUUCAGUGCAUUACUCAGUGUAAUGUAAGUCACAUAUGGUGCAGCCUGUAUUUGCAGCUGUUGUGUGAUGAGUUUUGGGUGAUGGCGCUCAUCAGUGAUACUAGAUGAGAAUGAGCUUGCUUGACAUUUUGUAAGCAUAUUGGAGCCUUUUGCCCGAGAGCUGAGCAUCUUCUCUUUCUGUUUAAUUUUUUUUAAAGUUUCAGUGACACAAAAUCUGCCUCAGAACCCUGAACACCUGUUACUGGAUUCCUCACAUAUCAUCGUACUACCAUAGCCUGUCACUGGGUAAGCAAAGUCAAUGCUGCACUAACCAGUCCAACCCCCCUUUCAUACAAACAUGAGUAUGACCAUCCUAAUGUUGCUGUAACUUUCAAUUAUGGUUACAUUUGAUAUUACAUUGUGAGAAUUAUGUACUGUACUAGCCAAAUAUUACACAACAGCACUUAUCUGGGUUUGUUCAUGUUUGUUUGUAAGGUUGGGUCAGAAGUACAGGCCUGUUGAGGUGGUUGCAGGCAAAACAGUGGUAGUACUGAGGCCACGAGUAGAGUUGUUAUUAUUCUAAGCACUUCUAAUCAUGUGUUGGGGGAAUAUUUGCUUCCUUAUGUGUCACACAUAUGUUCUCUGUCUGAUCAAAGGGCACAGUUUAUGUACAUACAUCACGGCAUUCCUUCCAUUCAUAGACUAAACUUUAUAAAUGCUUGUUGAUACACAGGUGUUUUAAGCCACAUCCUAUGAAUGUAUGUAAAUAAAAGGGACAUGUGCAUAGCUUCAUCCGUACCUGAAUGAUUCUAAAGGAGAGUGAGAGAGAGAGAAAAGGCAAUCAAAAUAAAAAAGAAAACGUCUGUGGUUGUGAAGAUUUCUAGUGUAAUCCUUAAUGUGUAUAUAGUAAUGUUUCAGUACACAUAAAUAUAUAUAUUUUUCCCUUGUACACAAAAUCCAUUUACAAAUAAAACAUGCAAAUGUA